AAAAUACAAGCUCUAUUCAAAAAGUUAAAAACGUUUCGAUUCUCAAACAUUGUAUUAAGGUAAUGGCUAAUAUUAAUAAUUAACGUGACCUGAGAUCUUUAAUAAUGGUUGAAUCCGGGCAUCGUUUGGUUUCUGUAGGCUACUUAAUUUAUUUUUACUUUAAAUAAUGUAUUUAAGGCUAAUUAGAACUUUUUAUAAUUGGUAAAACUUUUUUUCAAUAGUUUUUGAGACUUGAACAGUAAGUUAGGCGCUUUCUCCAGGUGGACAGAAACUCCCGAGCGAUGGUCGAGGUGUUUUCAGUGAAUAAAGACGGAGAUCUGGUGGAUCCAGAAGAAGCGCUCCGGAAUAAAGUGGUGGGUCUGUAUUUCUCGGGCGGCUGGUGUCCUCCGUGUCGAGACUUCACCCCGCUGCUGUGUGAUUUCUACACGGAGCUGGUGGAGGAGAGCGAGCCUCCUGCCCAGUUUGAGAUCGUCUUCAUAUCCUCGGAUAAAUCCACAGAAGACAUGGUGGAGUAUUAUCGUGAUAUGCACGGGGACUGGCUGGCGCUGCCCUGGACCGAUCCCUACAAACACGAACUGAAGAAGAGAUACAGCAUCACAGCCGUACCGAAGCUGGUCAUCGUGAAGGAGAAUGGUCAGGUGAUCACAGACAAAGGCUGAAAGCAGAUCCGGGACCAGGGUCUGGUGUGUUUCCGGAGCUGGCUGGAGGUGGCUGAGAAUCACGUGGAGCUUCCAGUGAACUCACAAGGGCUGCUGAAAGCAACACUGAAAAGAGCCAGAACUUUCUUAUGCAAUUGUGUGCGAGAGCUGUAAACGUGUCUUUUCAGGUCAACAACCCACACGACUAGUCAAAAGUUAAUAAAUGCAGUUUUAAUAUUAUUUUUAAAUAAUGUGGUAGUGAGCAGAUGUGUCCAAACUUUUGACUGGUGGUGUCUUUAAAGGAAUAGUUCACCAAAAAACAUUUACACAACCUCAGGUCAAUCCAAGCCUAACCAAUGUAGAUGAGUUUGUUUCAUCAUGAGAACAGAUUUGGAGAAAUGUAUCAUUGCAUCAG